AUGGACAGCAAUAAUAUAGCCACACAAUUACCCUCUUGUGUAGAUAUCGAGGACGAAGACACCACCCUCGGCCCUCUCACCCCCGUCUCCCGCCAUCACUCAAUGGGCUUCAGACGGCGGUCGUCGUUCUCGGAGGUGGGUUCGUUCACGACGCCGCAGGAGGCGGCGGGCGUGGGGUUUAGGAGUGUGGGCGCGGGGAUGAUACAGACGGUUCAGGUUUCGGGGAAGCCAACAGUAGGAGAAGAGGAGGGGGAGGGGGAGGGGGAGGAGGGUAUGCUGGCGGGGAAUGGAGGGAUGGGGAAUGGGGAGGAGGAGAAGGGCGGGGUGGAGAUGUAUGUCAAUGGCGCCCUCUACACCCUCCACACCGAUGCCAUCCUCCGCCCCACGACCACAACCCUCCCCAUCAGCAUCACCCCCACAGCACCCUUCACCGGCUAUGCCAUCCGCGCCAACAGCAUCUUCAAGCCCCUCGGCGGCAGCCCGGCGGCCAUCGACGUCACCACGCUCUACCGCGUCACGCCCACGCCCACAGCCACGACCUCUCUCUCCACAACCGCCCCCGACAGCGAAGUAAAAGCCUACCACCGCAUCAAGCCCGUGCAGCAGCUACUAUCCCGCGGCACAAGCGGCCAGGAGGAGAAUAUGUACAUCUACGACAGCCAACAGCAGGGCUUCGUGCGCACUAGCACGACGGCGCGGUUUCCAGCGGAGGAAGCACUGGCGCUGCGGGGUGAGCUGGUGGGUGAGGCGGGGGUAGGGAAUUGCGAAGAGCUGUUUGCGUCUGCAGAGAGGGCGCUGCGGCGGGCAGAGAGGGAAGAGGCGGUGAGGCGGAAGAAGCGCAAGAACAAGAAGGAAAAGGAGAAGCGGUUCCCGUCCAUUGCGACGCAGGUGGCGCAGUUCCAGCCGAGUAAUAGCUCGCCGCUGGCGGGGCCGGCGAGGCAGGGGUCGGAGCAGUCGGCGUGCACGAACGGCGGGCAGGGCCAGAGCUCGUGGCUGAACAUCGAUCUACCGCUACCGCUACAGCGCCCCGGCGCACCGCACAGCUCCAUCUUCACCGAAUCAGCGUCCUACACGCACGCCCUCCCGCCCGUGCCCACCAUCCCCGCCGCCGCCGCCCACCACCACCCGCCGCGCACCCCCUCCGUCACCAGCUCCAUCACAUCCAGCAUCAACCAAUGGACGUCGCGCUUCUCGCCGCGCCACAUCCUCGGCGGCGGCACCGCGGGCAGCAGCCGCUGCCGCACCCCGCAGCACGCAGACCUCUAUGCGCCCGCCGUGACGCUGCAGCAGCUCGUCAACGAGUGCGUGCUGGUGCUCUGCGUGUAUGGCCACCGGCGCUCGCGCGACCCGCGUAUCGCGCGCUUGGCGCUACCGAACGGCGUCGACGACGACUUUGACGAUGCGGAGCUGCUCCUGCAGAUGCGUGCCCGCUAUAAUUCGCUCCGCGGGUUCUGGCGGCGGGCGUUGUCGCUGAGGGGGUUGAGGCGCAUUGCGGUUGUCGAGUAUCACCGCGCAGAACGUCACGUCUCGUCGACCUUCCAGGGGCCGACGCACUCGCCUACCAGGCUCCUGGAGUGCUACCUCCACCCGUACAAGUGCACGGGCGAGCGGCACUGGGUCGAGUGGGCGCACCGCCUCUCGCUCGACGAGGACCGCUAUGCGCUCGAGUUUGUCGAGGCGUGGCGGGCGGACAAGGUUGUUCUCGCGGGCGUGGUGCCGCUGUCGCUGAGCGUGAUUGCGGGCGUGGUGUGGAGCCUGUAUGGGCCUGACCAGAGGCACCUGGCGGCGUUUGUGCUGGCCAUACUGGUGGUGGUGUUUGGGUGGUCGGUGGUGGCUUUGAUGGCUGUCGUGAGCUAUCUGGUUUAG